AUGCCCCGAGCCAGCAGCAGCAGCAACAACAGCGCGCGCAAGGACGCGGACCAGCGCUUCGUGUUCCUGGACCUGGACUCGCUCCUGCAGGCGGCCCGCGAGCACGUGCUGGCGCACGAGGCGCAGUUCCACACGGAGCUGGCGCGCUUCGGCUCGGACGUGGCGCUGGCCCCGGAGAAGCUCACGGUGCUGCUGAACGACCAGCAGCCGGCGCGCGUGCAGUGCUGGCGAGGCACGUACUGCGCCAACCCGAACGCGGCCGAGGCCAAGGCGCUCGAGGGCGUGCGCAGCGACGGCGGCGCCGCAGUGGACUGGAAGCUCACGCAGAAGGGCACGCCGCUGCACCCGACGCUCGAGAAGAUGCUCAAGCGGCAUCUGGCCAAGGCUGGCGGAGGCGGCUCUGCUGCUGCUAAAAAGACCCUCGUGCUGGCCACAGGCGCCCUCAAUAAGAGCCUCAAGAGCUGCGUCGACGCCUACUUGAAGGCGCAGUGGCGCGUGCAGCUCGUGACGCUCGAGGCGUGCUACAAGGCCGCCAAGGACUGGAAGUACUCGGAGCUCGAGGGCUUCUGCACGAAAUUCAUGGACAAAUACCUCAAGAAGCUGCUCACGGGGAAGCACAGCGCCUCCAGCAGUAAUAAGGACUUUGAGCGCAAGGCGAGCUCGCCCAGUCUCCCCCUGAUGCUCGAGCAGGAGACGAGCGACAUUGAGCGACGCAAAGCCAGGUUAGCAGGCUUCCCGACGGGCAAAUACGCCGUCGGCAGUCGCCAUCGACAUGUUUUUAUGAAUCUCGACAACAUCGCGGGCGCCGUGUGCAAUAGUCAGUGGCUCUAUCAACGUAUUGAGGGCGCGCGCAGUGGCUACGACGUGCGCCUGAAUUUCCGGGCGCUGACGGAGCGCGUGUGCGGCAAGAAGGCGGGUCUGGUCAAGCGCCGACUGGCGGCGUACCGCAAAAUGCCGCGGGAGUUGGCGCUGCCGCUGCAGGAGUUCGACUGGGAGAUCAACGCGCUGAGUCUAAGCUCCAGCGGGAGCAAGGGGCUGUACUACGUGCUGCUGGAUCUGCUCGAGACGGCGGGCGCGGCCAAGCACACGAACACGCUCGUGCUGGUGAUGGGCGACGGCGCGCUUGGAGGCAGCGGAGCAGACCAGAAGGAGGCAACCAAGGAGCUGCUGACCAAGUUCCUGGAGAAGAACUGGUUCAUCGAGAUCCACUCGUGGCUGCACGCGCUGAACGACUGGUUCUUGGACAUACAGGAGCAGCAUCAGUACCGCGUUGCUGUCAAACCGCUGGACGAUGCCAUCCAUGACCUGGUGUACUUGAAGCAGGACGAGGAAGAGGUGUGGGUGGAACCAGUGUGGCACGAUGCGUCGGGCCGCCACCAUGAAGCUGCAGAUCCAGCGCUCUUCAACUCGCCAGUGCCGCAGUCUCCACCCGCUCCGUCCGCGUGGGGGUCCACUGCUAUUCCCGCUUUGGCGCUGUUCCCGACGACCCCGCUCCUGACGCUGGAGCAAAAGCUGGAGCAGAGAAUGAGGCUCGAGAACGAGCGCAAAGAUCUGCUCGAGCGCUUGCAGAGGAAUCAGGAGGCGCUGGACGCGCUGGAGCUCGAGACGUGGUCUAUGCAGAUUUUUCAGCAGCAAGAAUUGGCUCGCGUGGCACAGCAAGCGAGUGACAAGCAACUGGCGAUUCGCAUGGCAGAAGAGGAAGAAAUGCAGUUGAAGCUCCUGCGUGAGUAUGAAGAGGCCCAAGAAGAGCAACCGUGGAGCUGGGCCUAA